ACAAUAAACUUCGUGAAUUCAGACUCAGUCCAGGAAAUAUGAUUUAAUUGUUUUCUUGCAGCAUUUUCCUGUCUAGUUGAGUUCCUCGGUAUAUAUAUACGUUGGCUUCAUUCCUUUGUGGAAGGCUAACCGCGUCCUGCUGCAGUCCCUUUCCCUUCCUUUGUAUGGAACCAACUGACUGUCAUUAUCUACUGAAGGCUCAUCAAUUUUAUUGACUAAAGGGCUGUCGGAGAGUUAUACUAAGUGCCAUUGCCGAUAUUUGAUAGAGAACAGAAACAAUUAGACAAUACCUCCAAAUAUCAUCAUACAUUUUUGGCAUUCUACGAGGUAACCUUUCGACAUAUGAUCAAGUCCUUGUGGUAGAUAUCUUUCCACAAGGUUAGCCAUGUCCUCAUAUUCAAAAUACUUAAAGUGAAUGCUGAGCAACUUUUUAGGAAUUGAGACUUCAAUUCGACAAACAACAGGUCAAGAUCCUGUUCGGGGUAUCCAAGUCUUGUUGAAAUAUAUGGAGACUACCGCUCCUUAGCUACAAACGGGGAUCAUCACUCGAUACACUGUCGAAGUCUUUAAUUCUAGUAAUUAUUAGCUUGAGUGCCUUGCAAGUAAUGCCUCAAUCGGGUAACUUCAGUAGGGAUCAAUCAAUCUCUACUGAUAACUCCAAACUUGUGCACCAACAAAUUUUAGCCCAGCAGCCCGACCUCGAUCAAGCACCAUCUUCAGACGUUGACAGUGCAACACCGCCUCCACCUCAAAAGAGCAAAAUCUCCAUCUAUCCACCAGAGCUCAUCUAUCCCAAGUCACGGUACUUUGGCUACAUUCCCCCGUUGCCAACAAGCAAAGAGUAUCAGGCAUGUGCGGCUCUAUUACAGGAGUUUAAAAACGAAAAUUCGGUGAGGUCACCGUCGACACAGGAAGAUUUUGUGGAAUUCGAGUUGACCGAUUUCUCAAUUUACAUGCCUGAUACCCCUCUCUAUGGGCAUGAACUGCGGGCCCUUCAAGAUCUCGCAAGCAAGGCCAGCCAUUCAUGCUUGCUAUUCGACGGAAUCCUCAGUGUUGGAAACUUACGCCAUUACGUUCAAGGUGUACCAUUCAAAAUAUGUUCUAUAGGAAACUAUGGUGAAGAAGUUGACGACGUUGAUGGUGCUAUCUGGCUUCAGUCUGAUCUGAACGCAAGGGCAAAUAUUUACUAUCGGCUACGAAGACCGAACCCAGAAUAUUCUCGUUUUCACCUUGGCUUUUUAUGGUUGUCGAGUCUGGCGAAGCAUUUUGUUGAUUAUUCUCUGGCAAGUCAAAAGCAAAAGAAAAAGGUAUCAAUCCGCAACUUCCGGACAGAAUUUGCGCAAUGGUGUAGGAAAGUCCACGCAGAAUCAUCAAAGUUCCAAUCUUGGUAUCUCGAAUAUGGCCGAGAUGAUUUCAGACAAGCCGUCUCGGCAAACAUUAACUUUCUGUUUAAGGAAUCGAUUGGUGUCACGGAAAAGCUUCGCUCAUUGGACAUCUGGAAGGAAGUCAUGGAAAAGUCAAGCAUCAAGCAACAUCCAAUAGUAGAGAAUAUGACGAUUGUCACACCCUAUGUCUACGAUUGUUUCAGCCAUUUGAGAUUUGGACACUUGCUCAAACCUCUGAUACCAACUGUAUUUUCGAAAAAUACACAAGGAUCAGAGGUGCAUUCACCACUAUCACUUUCGCCUAGGAGAUCACGCAUUACUUGUGAUACCGACUCUUCGAUGAAGUAUCAAUCUACGUCUUUCUCUGGUGCCAAAGAUAGCCUUGGGGUUGAAAUAAACAAAUGGGAAGCAGCCAAACGACAAAAAAUGCUUGAUGCUAUCAAAGUAGGGGAUGUAUUAUCAGUUACCAAGGAUGGCUCGGAUUCUGUUUGGAAAGAUGAGACAAGCCGGUGGAAAGUAGAAGACCAUUGUUGGUAUCUAUACGUACAAACCAAGCAUACAAGUCCCCGUGGUAAAUACUCUUUUGGUGGAAUUUGGCUCUACAAGCCUUCAGACACUAGUUGUGCAAAAAUGAAGUAUCCAUAUUCCAAGGAGUUGUUCUUUAGCGAUAAUUGUACUUGCGGGUCUGCUCACUCUCGGAUACCGCAGGAAGAAGUCAUUGGUACUGUCUUCGUCGUUUGGCAUGGUUUACCAUCAGAGACGGAUAUUUUCAUUCGCCAAACUUAUUUGAACAAUGAGAACUUUGUAACAUUAACAGAUUCACACAAAAUAUGUAAGCAUCUACGAAUGUCCGAGGAUGAUUCCUCACUUUCAUCCAUGAUCAUUGGUCGCUUUCCUAUUGGACAGACAAUACUUGCAUUACCACCUCGGCGCAGAUCGGAGAAUGGUCUCGAGCCUUAUGAGGUUGUGAAAUACGAUGAGGAAAGCUCUAAGUUAUACGUCACGUUGAGGAGACUUGUAAGAAGAUCAGAGUUUGAGAAAGCUGUGUCCUGUCGACCAAAUGAGCUUAUAUACACUGAUAUAACAGACAAGAUGUCAGCUGCUAAGCUCGAGAAAACAUGCUUGGUACGAUUUUAUACCGAAGAGCAAGUCUUAGCUGGCGAUAUUCCAGCACCUUAUUGUAGGAAUGGAGGCUCAAAUGCUUUUAUCAUCACGAAACGGCUACGGGAGGAUGACCAGAAAUUAAUACCAAUAGAGAACGACACGCCCCAAUGUCUCAUUCAAGGGUUUGAUCCUGAAGCACCACUGGAACGGAGGGUUUUGAACGGGCUCGAUCUCUUCUGUGGUGGUGGCAAUUUUGGUCGCGGCUUGGAAGAAGGUGGAGCAGUACAUAACAAAUGGGCUGUUGAUUUAUUCUCAGCGGCAGUACAAACAUAUUCUACUAAUUUGAAAGAACCGGACGGAACUGACAUGUUCUUUGGUUCAGUUAACGAUUUAUUAGUCCAGGCUUUUGAAGGCAACCCGCGAAAAUUCAAAAUUCCUUCACCAGGUGAUGUUGAUGUUAUCUUGGCGGGUAGUCCUUGUCAAGGUUUUAGCAGAAUGAAUAUGAAUAAGGGCAAUGAUCAAAGCCUGCGGAACCAAUCACUCAUCGCGUCUGUCGCGGCUUAUAUUGAUUUCUAUCGGCCAAAGUAUGGAUUGUUAGAAAAUGUCUUGACUAUGGCUCAAAAAGGCUUGGGACGUGAGGAGGAUAUUCUUUCCCAACUCAUAUGCACCAUUGUUGGUCUUGGGUACCAAGUACAGCUUUUCUUACUUGAUUCAUGGAGUUUUGGUAGCUCCCAAGCACGAAGUCGAAUAUUUGUCUCAUUCACUGCCCCUGGUUUCGUUCCACUCAAGCAUCCCGAACUUUCACAUUCACAUCCUCCUCACGUUGGUGAACGUGGACUGGGUAAAUUGGCAAAUGGACAAUCUUUUGGUACCCGAAUUCAUUGCCCCACUCCUUUCAACUACCUCACCGCCGAAGACUCCGUAGCUGAUCUUCCUUACAUUGGAGAUGGAGCGACGUCUCAAUGUACAAAGUAUCCAGAUCAUGUCCCACCACAAACUUUGUCUAAAAUGUAUAAAUUCCAAGUUUCUUGCAUACCGACCCACCCAAGAGGUAUGAAUUUUUCGAAGACGUGGAAUGACGGAAAUGGCAUUAUGACCAAAGAAGAACGAAACAUUUUCCCAUAUUUGACCAAGUCUGGGAAAGUUCGAGAAAGCGUUAGGCCAGGCUCCAGGGCCUGGGGAAGGAUCGAUCCUCGUAAAUUAUUUCCAACCAUCCUGGUAACGAUGAACUUGGAGGAUUCCCGUAUGGGAAUGAGUUUACAUUGGGAUCAGCAUCGACGCUUGACAAUUAUGGAAGUUCGGCGUGCACAAAGCUUUCCGGACGAUGAGGUGUUAAUAGGAACAAGAGGAGAACAAAUGAAAAUAAUCGGGAAUAGUGUUGAUAGGUCUGUUUCCAUGGCAUUGGGUAUUUCUCUACGCAACGCUUGGCUUGAGUGUGCCCCGGAAGAUGAUAGUCAGAGGACACUUGUGAAAACUCAAUCAUCUGUGACAGUGAUGGAACCUUUACACGAGAUUCCAAACAGUUCAACCUCUGUAGCUAUCGAAGUUGUUUUGAGUCAACGGUCAAAGGCUAUGCCACAUAUUGUCGGAACUCUAAGUAGCGUGUCGGAUGGCAUUGUAACAUCAACUCCCACAUCAUCAGACUCAAUAAGCUCAAAUUUGUCCGGUUUUGACGAAUCGAGUUCAUCCGAAAGUAUUAAAAAUUUGCGAGACGCCUUAUCUAGGAUACAAAAGAGGAGACGUUUGGUCCAUUCUGACGACGAGUCUUCUCGCAAAUCUCCAAGAUUGAGCCCAGAAAUUAAUCUUCCAUCAAAAGCAAUAAAGCCUUUUGCGAGAUCGAUACGCAAUUCCAGUCAAGCAUCAGGGCUCCAUUCCACAAGACGUCCGGCUCCAAGAAGUAACUUCACACAAAAAGUUGUUAGAGUCAGACCAGAGCAGGCCUCUCCUGACCAAGGCAAACCCUUCAUCACAAACGAUAGUGAAACUGAGAGCGAAAAUACCAUAUGGGUAGAAUCCGGACCACGCACCUCGAAUCUUUUAUACCGAACUUCCCACUUUCACAAAUCUACACCCAAAACCGGUAACCUCAAAAGUCCCUCAACAAGGUCUUCUCACCACAAAAAAUUUCCACAUGUCAUCGAUCUCACAGAAUCUGAUAGUGAAGGUUAUGUUAGUAACAUCUCUUCAACUUUACCACAAUCCUCAUUCAAAGUUAUGAUUCCAAUGCCCAGCUUUAGCACUAAAUUGGAAGAAGAAAAUAAUACUAUUUCAUCUAGCUUUCCAUCUCGCGACCAAAAAGUAGAAGGGAAUAGACACAGAUCUGCAUCGAAGGGAAAAUAUGUCCCAGUUGAUAAUAGCCAAUUCAAUGCGUAUGCACAAACUAAUCGCAUGAUGAGAAACAUGGGUAGAUAAUCCAAAAGUGGGGAAUGAGUGCAAACGGAGUUAAGAUUUUCGGGCAAUAGCAGGAGAGUUGAUGGAUUGGUGAGGGUGAGGCAAGGGGAGGAUGUGUGAUGAGUACGAGAUUGAGCUGGGAUGCGUACUGUGUGAGAUUUUGGAUGUAAGGUUUGAAUUUGUAUGUGUAAUGGUGGUAAGAUCUUAGUUUGGUCAUAGCUAGCAUCUUAAAUUACAAUACCAUUUCGUGGUUUAAUCUUGAGAUUUCUUAGCCUUGAUGUAAUCACGCGAUAAUUG